CAGGGAUUCAAACAAUCGCUGCAAGGCGCCGCCGCACCAACUUCCGUCAACAACUUCUUCCUCCUCCCUCUACCGCCACCACUCCAUCAAACCACAGCUGUAGAAAGGCAGAGUCACAUCUAAAACAGGCCCCCUUACACCGAGAGCCCCAUAUUUCUGCGCUCCCAGCAACCAACAGAAGGAGACACCCUUUGCGCCUUCUAAACCAUGUCGACCUCACGCUCUACAUCGAGAUCGACGUCAACCCGCAGCACACAACCAUCAACCAUCAUCAAUAUGAACCGGCUACCACAUGAAGCUAUCAUUAACGCGUAUUAUCACAACGCACCUCCUCUUGACACUGAUGAUGAGUGGCUUUUCCUGCCUGAAGUGCCGGACACUCAGGAGAUGAAGCGUCAGCUCAUCAGUGAGGAUCCUCGCGUCCCCGAGAACCAAAUCGAGGGCAACUGGUCAUCGCCACAUGAACACCUCACGGCACAGUAUCAAUUCCUCCGCGAGGAAUCAACCUUCGCUCUGCGCCGUGCAAUCGAGCUUGUGCGUGCACAGCCUCAUGUGUCGGAACUUGAGCACAGAGAAACCUCACCUGGAAUUAGUAUAUAUGAAAAGGCUUUCGCCGUGGGCGUCACUUUCUGCAGCAGAGGAUUGGGCAUUCGAAUGUGCUUCUCAACCUUCCGCGCAGGCGUCAAGAUUGAUUGGACCACCUCCAAACGCCUCACGUCCGGCUCGAUCAUUGCCCUGUCGCCUGCUUCGGACAAGUUCCAGAAGAAGAUCGUGAUUGCUCUUGUCGGCGCCAGACCCAUGGAGCUUCUCACUCAGAGUCCCCCUAAAAUUGACAUUUUUUUCCCACGGCCCGAGGAAACCAUCUUCGACCCAGCUCAGGAGUAUGUCUUCCUCGAGGAGACUUCAUCAUACUUCGAGGCCCAAAGACACAACAUGCUCGCACUACAACGUAUGACCAACGAGAAUACUCCCCUGCAGGAGUACAUCGUGUCACCUGUCAGUGAGGAGGAUGAUGUGCCACUGGAUCUCAUCGAACUCUCCAACCAAGUCGAAUGCAUGUCUUUCCUCGAUCGGGAGGCCGGCAGACACUCUGUCAAGGUUCCUGCAUAUGUCAAGGAUGACCCUCUCAUGGACAUCAGUCAUGCCACUGACGAUGACAACGACUACCAAUACGACGUCGUCAAUCGGCCAAUGCCCAAGGAUGCCGCAAUGCUAGACGACUCGCAGAUGGAUGCUCUUCAUCAGAUGUUGACCAAGGAGCUGGCCUUGAUCCAAGGUCCUCCCGGAACAGGCAAGACUCAUGUCUCCGUCAUGGCGCUUCGAAUCAUGCUGCGAAAGAUGGACGAGCAGAGACAGAAAGCUCCACCAGGUGUCGUCAUUCCUCCGCUCAUCGUCGCCUGCCAGACCAAUCACGCCCUCGAUCAACUCCUCCGCCAUGUGGCUGCCUUCGAGCCUUCAUUCAUCCGUCUCGGUGGUCGAUCUGCUGAUACUGACAUUGUCAAGAAGCGCACUCUGUUCAACGUGAUGGAGGGUUUCAAAGAGAACAACCCUGGCGCAAUCAUUCACCCGCCUGGCCUGCGUCGUGCGGGCGCCAACAUGAGAAAUAUGGAGAAGGAGUGGAAGAACGCUCUCGCCCCAUUCGAUGAGUCAAGACAGAACCCAGGUCCCAUGACUGAAGACAUGUUCACUGAUUACCUCACGCCCAAGCACAUUGAUUCACUGCAGAACUCACAGUGGUCGACAGACAAGGCGAAUGGAGAUGCACCCGACGUCCCUUGCAUCAUCAAAUGGCUGGGUCAAGACGCCGAGAUCACCAGCAGCGACCACUACUGGCCUGCGCAACAAGAGUUUGGCUUCGAAGAGUUCGAAGACGAAGAAGAAGAGAUCGACGAAGCUACGGUGGAGAAAGCCAGACAAGACGAUGAUAUUGAGAAGCUCUAUGGCCCAUACAUGCCACUCCUUGACCGAAGUGUCCUUAAGACAACUGCCGCCACCAAGUCGCUCGAAGCCAAAGAAGUCAAGAAGAUCCUGAACAGCAGCAAAUUCUGUGAUCUCAACAAACUGCCACCUCACUUCAGGCUCGGCCUCUACAAGUUUCUCGUCAACGAUGCCAAGCAGAAAGUCAUCAAGGCUGCUCGCGCUCUCGCCUGCAGAUGGGCUAAAGAGGUGAAGGAUCGCAUCCGGGGCAGCUUCACCAAGAACCUGCAAGUCCUCGCAAAUGCCAAAGUCAUUGGCUGUACUAGCACUGGUUUCGCAAAGUACCGUCCAAUGAUCUUCGCUCUCAAGCCACAUGUCGUGAUGGUCGAGGAGGCUGGUGAGUGUCUCGAAGCUAACAUGAUGAGCAUGCUCCUGCCUUCACUUCAACAUCUCAUCCUGGUAGGGGAUCACCAGCAACUCCGACCUCGUGCUCAGAAGGCCACCCACAAUUUCAAGCACUAUGAUAUUUCGUUGUUUGAGCGUCUGGCCCGCAACACAGUCGAUUACAGGAUGCUGACUGUUCAGAGACGUAUGCCGCCCGAGGUCAGACGCCUUCUCUGGCCGAUCUAUGGUGACAAGAUCAGGGACCAUGAAUGCACCCUCGAUCGUCCUUCCGUACCUGGCUUGGGCGACUUCAGGACCUAUCUAUUCCACCACGAGAACUACGAAGCACAUGACAAGUUCAAGUCUGCUUACAAUGAGAAGGAAGCAAAGAUGAUUAUAGACUUCGUCAAUGGCCUGCUCAGCAAUGGCGUCGAGCCACACAAGAUCACUGUUCUUACGUUCUACAAUGGUCAACGCCGCCUCUUGACUCGCGAGCUGAAGAAGGUUGAGGGUCUCGUCGCUGAGACACGCAUCAAGGUUCACACUGUGGAUUCAUACCAGGGUGAAGAGAACGACAUCAUCGUCUUGUCUCUGGUUCGCAACAACUCCAUCGGCCAAGUCGGCUUCCUGAGCGUCGCCAACCGUGUGUGUGUUGCACUCUCCCGUGCCAAGCAGGGCUUUUACAUGUUUGGAAACGUCAAGCUGCUCGAAGAGGCCGGCGGCGAAGAAUGGAAGCAGGUUGUCGCUAUUUUGAGAGGUCAGGGACCCAUCGAGACCCAGUUCGUCACCGGAACGAGAGUUGUCAAUGCUGAAAAGUGAACACCUUGUUGCGUUGUUGGGUUGGAUUGGUUCUUAGUAAUGUUAUCUCUUGCGAACGCUUGU